AUGUCCCCUUCUUCAACUUCAGCUGCUGGGGAUAUCGAAUUAGCAGCUAUAUCAAUCCAAAACCCCCCUGUUCAACCAGAAUCUACCAAUCCAUUUGCUACACCUUCGGCAUCUCAGACAUUUGACUUUCCCGUCUCCUCCUCAUCAUCGUCCGAUCCAAGAUCGUCGACUACUCAACCCGCGUCGUCCCACCAAUCUGUAAACGAACCCGAAGAAGAACGGGAAGCGAUCAACCCCACUGAAGCUCUCCCUCCCGUAGAUUCAGGACGACAGGCCUGGCUCUUCUUAAUCGCAGCGACAUAUAUAGAAUUGAUCAUAUGGGGUUUACCAUUUUCCAUCGGUGUUUUGCAUGUGUACUGGACCAACACGUUGUUUAAAGGUCAGGGUGAAUCGACGAUCACUCUCGCCGCGACGCUUCAAACGGGUUUGAGUUAUAUGACUGUAGCUGUAUCUGGACCGAUAUUCACUACUUUCCCAAGAUAUACAAAGACACUUCAAUUGGUAGGGUUGAUGAUGGCUUCUAUUUCCAUGAUAGCCAGUGCGUUUGUGACCAAACCAUGGCAUCUUAUCGUGACUAUCGGUGUGUUCUACCCUAUGGCUAGUGCUACCUACUUCCCAUGUGCGACCUGGAUAUUCGAAUGGUUCCAUGCCCGACGUGGUUUUGCCUCAGGUGUGAUGUACUCCGGUACAGGCCUAGGUGGAUUCGUAUUUCCAUUUUUGAUGCAAGGUCUAUUGGGUAGAUUCGGUUAUAAGACCGCUAUGAUCUCUUUGGGGUUGGGAUACGCUAUCACCGGCAAUAUAGCUUUAUUGGCUAUCAAACGACGUAUUCCUCUAUCAAGGUAUGAUCAAAACUCGAUGACACCCAGGAGAAGACCCAGAGUAGAUUGGUCGUUUAUACGGAGAAGUGCGCUUUAUCUGGCUAUCUCAACUAUUGGUUUGACUAGUAUGGGUAACUUCAUCCCUAGUUUGUGGUUGCCUUCAUUUGUCGAUGAAAUCGGGAUGACCAAACCUAAUGGAACAGUCCUAAUUGCUAUUCUAAACGCCGCUUCUGUUCCUGGAAAUGCAUUGCUCGGAUACCUGUCAGAUCGAUUACCCCUAAAAUGGACAGUCUUGAUAUCCUGCUUGGGCAGCGCACUCUCCUGUGCCUUCUUAUGGGGAUUCGGAACCAAUAGUGGCGUCUUGGUGUCCUUCGCUGUCACUUUCGGUCUGUUGGGGUUAAGCUUUACCACACUCUGGACGAAGAUGGUCGGUGCUGUGUCGAGAGAUGACCCUGUAGUCACCGGUUUGACGUAUUCCAUAUUCGCUUUUAUGAGGGGCGUAGGGAAUAUGAGUUCUGGUCCAAUUUCUGAUCAAUUACUGAAAGUUGGAGUAUUGAGAGGUGCGACGGGUGCUUAUGGGUUUCACAACUAUGGUAUCUUGUUGAUAUAUACUGCAGUGACGAUCUUGAGUGGAGGAGUCACAGGUCUGAUGCUCAAAGAAUAA